GGCACGGGGCGGGCCGCUGGCCCGGAGGGACCGGGAGGGGCCGGGACGCGAGCCGUGGGCGCAUCGGUGCCCAGACGGCAGCGGCGGGACAGCCGCACGCGCGUCCCGGCCUCUGUCCCCGCGGCGCCGCGGCCCCGGCCCCCUGCCGGCUCGGCCAUGCAGCUGCCCGCGCCGCCCACCGAGCUGGUGCCGUCGGAGCGCGCCGUGGUGCUGCUGUCGUGCGCGCUCUCCGCGCUCGGCUCCGGCCUGCUGGUGGCCACGCACGCCCUGUGGCCCGACCUGCGCAGCCGGGCACGGCGCCUCCUGCUCUUCCUGUCGCUGGCGGACCUGCUCUCGGCUGCCUCCUACUUCUACGGGGUGCUGCAGGACUUCGCGGGCCCCUCGUGGGACUGCGUGCUGCAAGGAGCGCUCUCCACCUUUGCCAACACCAGCUCCUUCUUCUGGACCGUGGCCAUCGCCCUCUACCUGUAUCUCAGCAUCGUCCGCGCGGCGCGCGAGCCUCGGACCGGCCGCCUGCUCUGGGCCUUCCACGUCGUCAGCUGGGGGGUCCCGCUGGCCAUCACGGUGGCAGCUGUCGCCCUGAAGAAGAUUGGUUAUGACGCCUCGGACGUGUCAGUCGGCUGGUGCUGGAUUGACCUGGAGGCGGAGGACCGCAUCCUGUGGAUGCUGCUGACCGGGAAGCUCUGGGAGAUGCUGGCCUACGUCACGCUGCCCGUGAUCUACUGCCUUAUCAGGAAGCACAUAAACAGGGCGCACGAGGCGCUGUCGGAGUACCGGCCCAUCCUCUCCGAGGCUCACCGGCCACAGCACCAGGCCUCCGUGGCCGACAAGAAGCUGAUGCUCAUCCCGCUCACCUUCAUCUGCCUCCGGGUCUGGAGCACCGUGCGAUUCGUGCUGACCCUCUGUGGCUCCCCGGCCGUGCAGUCGCCAGUGCUGGUCGUUCUGCAUGGUAUUGGGAACACAUUUCAGGGCGGUGCCAAUUGCAUCAUGUUCGUCCUCUGCACCCAGGCCGUCCGAACUCGGCUCUUCUCCAUCUGCUGCUCUUCCCAGCCGCGUGCUGAGAGCCCGGCUGGCCCUCCCAAGGCUCCUGCCGCACCCUCCAAGACAGGAGAACCUCAGGGGUCCAGACGCACCCCAGAUGAACUUCCAAGCACCUGAGC